AUGUCUGUAACUCUGCCCUAUUUCAGAGACGCAAGCCUUCUGCCGGGUCCGUUGCCGACCGACGAAGAAAUUGAGGCCGCAACCACAACAUUGCCCUCAAUUCGAGAUCCCAAGUACGGCCGUAUUGUCCUGAUCAGAAAUAAAUUUGUUGUGAAGUAUGGCAGAACUCUCAUCCAUGUCGAGAAUGAAGGGUAUGCAUUACUAUUCAUUGAGAAACACUUGUCAAUUCCGGCUCCGCGUUUGUACGCUAUGUACCGAAAGGGACCUUGGCUAUAUAUUAUCAUGGAAUAUAUGUCUGGGGAAAACCUGGACAUUCUGUGGCCUGCAUUGUCAAGCCCCGAUAAGCAAUCGAUAUUAAGCCAACUACGAAACAUUUUCAAUAAGAUGAGAUCUCUACCUCCACGAAACUUUUUUGGAAAUGUUAGUGGUGGCCCGAUAGAGCACCAAUAUUUCUGGACUUUGGACAAAGACCCGGCCAUUGUGGGUCCAUUCAAAACUGAGAACGAUCUUAAUCUCGCGCUCGCAAAGCACUCGCGUCAAAACUGGGAAGAAAAUGCCAGAUAUCCGUGGCUUGCAGAUUUCUACGAGCGCAAUCUUCACCGUGCGCUUAAAGACCAUGAGAGCGUAUUCACUCAUGCAGACCUCCAGAGAAAAAAUAUACUUGUGGAAAAAAGAAUUGACACGGUGUCAGGCGAAGAACACUAUGUCGUCAGUGCACUUGUCGACUGGCAAACCGCCGGCUGGUAUCCGUCAUAUUGGGAGUACGCCGGAACAUUCUGCUGUCUACAGUGGGUAGAUGAUUGGCCUGAAAGCUUGGAGAAGAUUCUUGAUCCCUGUCCGCUUGAGGCUGCGAUGCUGAGAUUCGUGCACCAGGAUCUUGAAUUCUAG